CCGGGAUACGAUGCGUCAUUGUUCGCUUCUUGUUGAGUUCUUGUUCUGCAUAGACUAUCUCGCAUGUUUGGAAGCCGUGGGUGUCCACAAUUGGUCAUCCUUAUGUAACAACAAGCCGUCAAAGAACUGGGUAGUCCUUGUCGCCGGUUCCAACACCUGGGAAAAUUAUCAACACCAAGCGGACGUUUUCCACGCGUAUCAAGUCGUGCGUAAAAACAAAGUUCCACCGGAGAAUAUAAUUACCUUCGCCUACGACGAUAUUGCGAACAAUCCCAAGUGCCUAGCUGCCAUGUUACACGAAGGUCGCACGAAUGCUGGGGUACUGCCAGGUUUCUCAAGCCUAGACAGAAGAGGUUGGGAGGCAAAGGUAGGGUUAGAACCACGGAACUCCCGAAAUCCGUUUAAAGGUAAAGUGUUCCAUGACUACGAGCACGAAGAUGUCUACAUGGGUGUGGUAAUUGACUACCGUGGAAAAGAUGUCAAACGGGAUAUUUUCUUAGAUGUAUUAAAAGGUGAUAAGAAACUUGAGAAAACAGGGAAGAAGGUGCUGAAAAGCGGUCGUGAUGACAACGUGUUCAUCUUCUACUCUGGGCAUGGUGGGAUUUCACUUAUUACCUUCCUAGAAGAAGAUCUCUAUGCGACGGAGUUGAACGAUACCCUCGCCUACAUGUAUUCAAAAAAAAAGUACAACAAAUUGGUGCUGUACGUGGAUGCUUGCUAUUCCGGUUCGAUGUUUGAAGAUGUUCUUCCUACAAACAUGGGAAGUAAGUGGCGUAAAAAUUGUUUUCGCUGGCUCUGGUGUAGAUCCUGUUAAAUAGCAUCCAGAAUGUCACUCACGUAUGUUUAGAAUACUGCACUUACCAGUACAACAAAACGAAGUUUCAAGCUUGGUUCAUCCUUGUUCGAUUCUUGUAUGGAAGUAGACCCUGACUCUACAUAAGAAGCGUUUAACCGGGGAUAGCACAAAGUCCCCUCUUCAUCGACUAAUGUCGUUCCUGCUGCUGAACUAGUUUCAGAUGGGUGGAGGAAGUCAUAAUGCAACCUGUAUAGCACCUGUGAAAUUUUGGUGUCCCUG